AUGUCACGAAGUUAUUCGCGUGGACAUCGAUCAUCGAGGAAAAAUGCUAACAAGGAAAAUGAUCCGAUGAUGGCCACCGCGUUAACGUCAUUCGUGCGUCGGGAGUUCAUAGAAAGAAAAAAGAGCUCGAUGUCGAGAAAACGGCCGCUGAUCGAGCGGGAGCCCGAUUGUUCGGCGUUUCCUUUUCUAGGAUAUCAGGUUAAUCUACCCUAUGGAAUUCAACCGUACACAACUCAAAAAAAGAUGAUCGUUAAGAUUUUGAUGGGAUUGAAUAGGAAAGAAAAUGUGAUGAUCGAGAGUCCGACUGGAAGUGGAAAGACCCUGGGGCUUCUCUCUUCGACAUGUGAGUGGCUUUGCAAGCAUAAACAGCGUUACUCCGAAUCGGUCUACAGUUGCCCACAGCAUGGAGAAAAUGCUGGAGCUUAUGAUGUCAGUAUGCAAUCUAUCGGUGACGUUUUGAAAGAAAAGACAAACGAAUCACAAGCUUUGAACUCAGACAAGAAACCUGAAGCCAGCAGUUCUGGCAUUGAUGAGUUUGGUGAUGAAUCACGGGAUAUUUUUGACGACAGUCCAGUAGAAGAACCAGAUAUUUUAACUAAAGCUAUUGCUCAAUUCGAUGAAGACCAGAAUGCAACCUUCUCGAAGUUUAUGGCUUCGCAAGUAGAUGAAAUAGAGAGUUUGAAUAAAACUGUAAACGAUUCGUCUAUUCAACAGCCAGCAUGCACAUGUGAACCACGAGUCCGUGUUUAUUAUGCAUCAAGAACACAUCGACAAAUCGCUCAAGUUGUUAAAGAAUUCUCGCGAUUGGUUUAUGGACAUCGUUUGCGACACACGAUUCUUGGAUCUCGAGAACAGCUUUGUGUAAAUGAGGGAGUUCGAGCUUCGCACGAUAUGACAUCUCGUUGCAAAGAGUUGCUCACCAACGAAAAUGGGGUUGGUUGCUCGUUUCGAGAAAAACUUAAAGCCAACUUCCCGCAAAGCUCACCAAAAGCGGCUGCUCGAAUGCGUGAAGAGGUCUCGAUCACCGCACCAAAAGUUUGGGAUGUUGAGGAUCUACGAGAAGCGCUCACAUCCGACCACCGCUCGGGAAUGUGCCCAUACUUUACUGCAACACGACUUCUCACCGUUGAUUCAGACAUCAUCUUCUGCCCUUUCUCAUAUUUGAUUGAUCCGAUCAUUCGCGAAUCGUCAGAUGUUCAUCUAAAGAAUAGUGUCGUCAUUUUGGAUGAGGCGCACAAUGUGGAAGACUUUUGCAGGGAAGCCGCUUCGUUUCAAUUCACCGAUCGAGAAGCUGUCAAUUCUUGCCAUUCAGUGGCUGAGAAAUGUAUGGAGAUCGAUGUUGCGAUCAAGCACAUGAGCAAAGAGCAAGCACAAACGGAGGAAGUGUUUGCGAUGGAAUCCUCGACGGUGGCACAGGCACGAGAUCAGUUGAAUCGAUUGGGCGAAUAUCAGAAGAAUUUGAAUAUUAUGCAUCGCUACCUUUCGGCAAUGCACAGCUGGAUUCUUGACAUCUCGAAUUCAGUGAGGCAGAAUUGCGAGAAUUCGGAGCAAACGCAACGACAAUCUCAACGAGGAGGAAUCUUCAAUGCAUGGGGAGCUAGUCAAGCCUCAACACAAUGGGAUUCAGGGAAACGGUUCUCAAAUACGAAGCACUUUGCCGAUCUUUAUGCAAGUCUUGAGCGGCAUCAGCUUUUGUUAAUAGAGGAGAAACUUGCGGAAACUAUUAAAGGGUCGUUUGCUGGAGUUGUAAAGACGACGGUGACGGGCGAUGAAGCUCAAGGAGAGAAUCAGGACUUUUUGCUGUCGAAGUUUAAGCCAAGUUCCGAGGCGAUCGUGUUUAUGGAGAAAAUGCUUCAUUUCCAAGCGUUUUUCUUGCUGGAGGGAUGCCGUGCAGCUUAUAGGCUGAAUAUUGCAAUGGAAGAGGAAAACUCGGAUGGUUUUGCCACACAAAAGGGUUACAUGGAACAAGUGGGAGGAAAAAAGGAUCAAGCGGGCUUUUUGUCGACUCGAAACCUGAUGGGAAUCAAAGUUCCAGAGAAACCAAGGGUGUUAGAUGGAUGGAAAGCAACGAUUGGACUGUGGUGUAUGAGUCCGUCUUUGGCUUUUCAAGGAGCAUUCUCGACGACUAGAUCGGUAGUUCUGGCCUCGGGCACACUCACUCCAUCCGAAUCUUUUGAAGCCGAAUUGGGAAUUCCUUUUCAACAUAAACUCGAAGGCGAACAAGUAGUCCCGGAAGAGCAAAUCUUUGCCUCGGGCCCAACUGGUCAUCAAUUGGUUGCCACAUAUAACAACACAUCAGGCGAAAACAGUAUAUUUGCACAAGAGAUUGCUAGGAUUUGUUUGUCAAUCUCUGAACGAACGCCUGGCGGAGUUUUAUGUUUCUUUCCAUCGUAUCGUUUGAUGACAAGUGUUACUGGUGUAAUGGAUCGAAUGGGAUUGAUGAAUAAAUUGCGGGAUGUUAAAGCAGUCUUCUCGGAGCCGCGACGUUCCUCGGAAUUGGGACCGGUGAUGGAAGAAUUCAAUGGAACCGUGCGCAAUCCGAAGAAAUACAGUCCAAGAUGCACAGGGGCGAUCAUGUUUGCUGUUUUCAGAGGAAAGGUUAGUGAGGGAAUUGAUUUCACGGAUGAGCUGGCUCGAUGUGUCAUUUCGAUCGGCAUCCCAUUCCCGAACACAAAAGAUGAUCAGGUGCUGGAAAAGAAGAAAUUCAACGACGAGCGCAAAACAAAAUGCCCAUCUGAUGUGACAUCAAUUUCGGGUGAUGCUUGGUACACGAUACAGGCUUAUCGAGCAUUGAAUCAAGCACUUGGACGGUGCUUACGUCAUCGAAACGAUUGGGGAGCGAUCGUUUUGGUGGAUCAACGUCUUUCGCAUCAACUUUCACCAGAAGCACCAAACAAAAUAUCAAGAUGGAUUCGAAAGUGUCUACGCGGCUACGGAAAUUAUGGGCAAUUCGAGCGCGAGUUGACGAAUUUCAUGCGAGAGCGCGAGACGCUUAUGAGUGGAUGUCCGGAUGAA